UACAAAUGUAACCCAAUGCUGACCGGAGCCCUGUCAGGGCCCUCUGCACAACCAAUGGCGCUCAUUUGGACACCUCACUUUUCUUAUAGUAUAGAUUUGGAUUUAUUUCACAGCAAAAAAACAAUGCAAUUUUUGUGAGUAUCUGUAGCAUCUUGUGAAUGUGGAGCCUAGUUCGCAAUGAUGGUGGCCUACAAUUUUUUUCUGCAUGGAUGAGGAUAACAAGCAGCUAAUCCAAAUGUACUGUAUUCACUUUUGAAACGAGCUAUGUGAGGACUGAAAUGAAGACACCUCUGAUGUGACAGUGAGUGGGAUCCAGACUGUGCCAACCCACCCACUGCGCAGGCGAGUUGUGGCCUUGAGAUGCAACAGAAGUUCCAUGCCUUUUACAGCUUACCGCCAGAAUGGACCAGCAGAAGACUCCACACCCCUAAUCGAUGUGUAUCUUUCCCCCUCCAGUACAGCCAUGUCUCAGUUUGCAGCAAUAGGCCCCUCUGGGCCUCCCUGAUCCUGCUUUACCUCCUUGUUUCCUUACCAACGGCUGCUUCAUUCCGGGUUGGGGUGGUGGGACCGUGGUCUUGUGACCCCCUCUUUGCCAAGGCCUAUCCCAGUGUGGCAGCACAACUGGCCGUCAGCCGUAUUAACAGGGACCCCUCCCUCUGGCCUGGGGCCACGUUUGAUUAUGUGAUCCUGGAGGAGGACUGUGAGACAUCACAUGCUCUUUCACGUUUCGUCGGGUACUACACCCGUGCAUCCAGCUUCAUCGGUCCCGUCAACCCUGGCUACUGUGACAUGGUGUCCCUGCUGGGGAAGAACUGGAAUAAAGCAGUGUUCAGCUGGUCGUGUCUUAGCUAUGAACUGGACAACCUCCGUAGGCACCCCACUUUUGCCCGCACCAUGCCCCUGCCCUCACUGGUGCUGCUGCAUUUCAUGCGCCACUUCCGCUGGGCUCACGUGGGCAUCAUUUCUUCAAACGAGGACAUUUGGAUAGAGACCGGCCAUGAGCUGACCAGGGCUUUACGCAGCCACGGCAUGCCUGUUGGGAUAGUGGUGUCCACUGGAAAGGACUCGGUCAGCAUGUUAGAUGCCCUGACCAAGGUCAAGAAAGUUAAGGACCUUCGAUUGGUCAUCCUCUGCAUGCACUCAGUCUUAAUAGGGGGUAAGGUUCAGAAGCUGCUCCUAGAGAUGGCCCAUGACAUGCAGAUGACCCACGGCUCCCUAGUGUUUGUGCCCUAUGAUACCCUCUUCUACAGCCUGCCCUACCACCACCUGCACCAGCCUGAUCUACUACACAACAACAGCAAACUGCUGAAGGCCUAUGAUGCUGUGCUCACCAUCACUGUGGAGUCUCCAGAACAGCACUCUUUCUACCAUGCCUUCACUGAGGCACAAAAGACUGGAGAACUUCCUUUCAGCCUCCAACCACAGCAGGUCUCUCCACUGUUUGGCACCAUCUACUCCUCCAUACUGCUUGUGGCCCAUGCCAUGCGGGGUGUGCAGACCUCAGGAAAGUGGAUGUAUGGGGGGAGCCUGGCCCAGCAUGCCCGAAAUCUGUCUUUCAAAGGCUUUAGCCACCCCAUUCGCACUUCACCCACUGGCUCAGGUCUGCUGGAUUAUGUUGUGCUGGACACAGAUGGAGUUUCAUCUGAACUGAGGCCUUCCUACCGCAUAGAGAUGGAGACAGAUACGGUGCACUUUCUUGGCCGCUCAAUUCACUUUCCGGCAUGGGUUCUGCCCAAGACGGACUCCAGCUGCUGGUUCACAGAGGGGGAGAUUUGUAGUGGAGGUAUGGAUCUUUUCCAAUUGGUUAUUAUCUCUCUUUGUAUCAUUCUUCUGGUCUUCUUCUGUUCUGCAUGUAUAUACUUAAUAAGGCGACGGAUCAUUCAGAUCCGAGUAGUUCGGAAUGCAGAUAAAAUCUUACUAACCUUAGAAGAUAUUGUCUUCAUCAUCCCAUCAUUAAGUAACAAGAAGAUGAGUUUCGAUGACAGCAGGACCAGUGAAACCAGAAAAAGCUCCUCAGAGCGCAGCCUUAUUUCUCCAAUCUCAAGUCAGUCGCCAGCUACCCAUGAAAACACGAAUGUCGCUGUUUAUGAGGGUGAUUGGGCUUGGCUGAAAAGAUUUCCCGAUGGAACCUUUCAGGGCAUCAACCCCAGCACCACUGAACUAUUUGAACUGAUGAGGGAUAUAAGGCACGAGAAUGUGAACCCCUUCAUGGGUCUCUUCCAUGACUGUGGAGUCUUCGCCAUUGUGACGGAGUUCUGCUCCCGAGGGAGCCUGGAAGACCUGCUGCUAAAUGAUGAUGUGAAGCUGGACUGGAUGUUUAAGUCUUCACUGCUGCUGGACCUCAUUAAGGGUAUGAAGUACCUCCACCACAGGAAUGUUUGUCAUGGAAGGCUGAAAUCCAGGAACUGCUUGGUUGAUGGACGUUUUGUACUCAAAGUGACCGACUAUGCUUACAAUAAAUUGUUGGAAGCCCAGAAGUUCCAGUAUGUUGAGCCAUCGGCUGAGGAGCUGCUGUGGACAGCUCCUGAGCUCUUACGAGGUUCAUUCCCAGGGCAGAAUGGCACUUUCCCAGGGGACGUGUACAGCUUCUCUAUCGUCAUGCAGGAAGUGGUGGCUCGAGGGCCUCCUUUCUGCAUGUUAGAUUUAUCUGCUGAGGAAAUACUCCAGAAAAUCCGGAAGCCUCCUCCGUUAUGUCGUCCCACAGUAUAUCCAGAUCAUGCUCCAGUAGAGUGCAUCCAGCUGAUGAAGCAAUGCUGGAAUGAGCAGCCUGAGAAUAGACCCACCUUUGAGGAAAUUUUUGAUCAGUUUAAGAACAUAAAUAAAGGGAAGAAAACCAACAUAAUCGACUCCAUGCUGCGAAUGCUGGAGCAGUACUCCUCUAACCUGGAGGAGCUGAUUAGGGAGAGGACAGAGGAGCUGGAGAUUGAGAAACAGAAGACAGAGAAGCUGCUCACACAGAUGCUGCCACCGUCAGUAGCUGAGGCCUUGAAACUGGGAACCACAGUGGAACCCGAGUACUAUGAGUGCGUCACCAUCUACUUCAGUGAUAUUGUUGGCUUCACAACCAUUUCAGCCAACAGUGAGCCCAUCGAGGUGGUUGACCUUCUAAAUGACCUCUACUCAACUUUUGAUGAAAUCAUCGCGAACCACGAUGUGUAUAAGGUUGAGACCAUAGGUGAUGCCUACAUGGUAGCAUCAGGUUUACCAGUGCCCAAUGGGAACCGGCAUGCAGCUGAGAUUGCCAACAUGGCACUGGACAUCCUCAGUGCAGUGGGAACAUUUAAGAUGCGACACAUGCCUGACGUCCCAGUCCGAAUCCGAAUAGGAAUUCAUACAGGUUCUUGUGUAGCUGGUGUCGUGGGCUUGACUAUGCCAAGAUACUGCCUGUUUGGAGAUACAGUGAACACAGCCUCUAGAAUGGAAGCUACAGGGACGCCACACAGGAUACAUAUUCACUCCAGUACUGUCCAAAUUCUACGAGAGAUGAAAGCUGGUUAUAAGGUGCAGUUAUGUGGCAGGACUGAAAUAAAGGGAAAAGGCACAGAAGAGACAUACUGGCUCAUUGGACGGGAUGGCUUCACCAAACCUUUACCCAUCCCACCUGAGCUCAAGUCAGGGCGUGAGUCCAAGGACUUUAAAAUGAUGCUUCACAAGGCUGUGAGGAAGCUCUCGGCUGUGCGCCAGGUGACCCAGCUCACCAUGGCCGAUGAAGGCAACGUCAUGAUACACCAUCACUGACGACCCUUCACCUGUGCCUUUUUGACUCGUGCACUGGGGACAGACAUCAAGUGAAAGGAGUUUAAUGAAUUGUCCUUCCUUCGAACAUGGAAUGAGGACCUAAUGAGCCUUCGUAAAGGUCUCGUCUGUAAAGUCUUCUUCUUAUUCUCUCUCUGGAUGAACACCAGUCUCUCAUGCUGGGAUGGCCUAUUUUCUUGCUGGAUGCUCACAGAUUCUGCUUGAAAUUAAUGGUAGAAGACACGCAUUGGAUGCCAUGGUCUGUCCUCCUGGAAGUCCUCCUUAAACUGUAAUAAGCAGCAAGCUCAUCACACGUCUAAUCAAACCCCCUUAAUAGUAUAUUCCAGAACUACCUCUCAGAAGCUUUGGGCUCAGUCUCAGGAAGUGCAGGGCUUAACCCUGUUCUCUGCACGGAAGGACUUCAGGCCUACACUGAAUUUGAAGCACCUUUGUGACACCGAGUCAUAGUCACAUGAGCAACUAAAAUUAUCCCCUGGGAAUCCAUUACUCAGCAAGAGAGGGAUUGGAUCUAAGGGAGAAAGAAGGAAGAGAGAAGAAGAGGCUGGAGGAAGGAAAGAAUGGUUAAAUAUUAUGGUGUAUGUGAUAACAUGUCCAUAUAGCUACAUGUGUUGUGAUGUUUUAGUGCUUAAUGUUUAAGAGAAAUUGUUUGUUUCAGUGAACCGUUUCUCAUUCAUCUCUUCCUUGAACUGCCGUUCCCAACAUCUAUAAGGAGAAAACUUCAUAAUGGAAAAUUCAACUCUCUGACCUCUUUGGUCUGAUGUCUUUGGACAUAAGGGUGCAAUAUUUCAAUGGUUUACAUACUGAAUAAGUAAGUAAGAUAAGAGGUCUGUUAAGUAUGGACUCCAGUGGAUGUCACUGAUGCAUAAACUUUUCAGUUGUGUUGUCAUUCUCACUGUACAUCAUUCAGUUGUAUCUGUUGUAAUGUUUAUGAAUAAGAAAUUAUGUUUUAAAAAAGACAGUAAAAAUAUCAGAGUUUAUGUUACAAUCAAAUUAUCCAGAUUGAAUCCAGAUUUAGCCUGUUAGAAGUUCAGCUGCAGAAUUGUUUCUGCUGUUAUACUGCAGUACUUAUUUGUGUUGUAGUAUCCAAGUCCAGUCAGUAUUGGUCUCAAGACAUGUGUUGUAGUCAAGACUGAUAGAGCCAAAUUCAUGUCAAGACCAAGA